AUGGCAGAAGACUCACCUGUGCUUCUGAGGGGACCCUUUCUCUCCUCGUCACUUCUGUUCUUGGUCCUUUUCCUGGUCUCCUCAGUGGACAACAACAAAGCCAGUUAUCGGAGGUUCCUGAGGCGACACAUUGACCCCAGGCGGGUGUUGAUCAACCCCAGUUACUACUGUCAGCAUAUAAUGAGGGCACGAGGCCUGACUAGUCCUACCUGUAUGGGAAAAAACAUCUUCAUCCACGCCAGGUACCGUCGUAUCAAAAUUAUCUGUGGCGAAGGAGGGAGACCUUUCAACAACAGCGCCAGUUCCGACAGUAUUUACAGCUACACCAUCACUACUUGUCAUUCCACGGGUGGGUCUCCCCCAAACCACUGCAAAUACAGAGGCAGAAGUGAGCGCCGGAGAAUUCGCGUGGCCUGUUUCAAAGGGGUCCCGGUGGAUCUCAUAAGAAUCCUUCACAGUGCCUCACCCUGA